CAGUUUUCUUCUUUGGUAAUAGGUAGAUUUUCAGGUGGAUAUGGCGGUUGUUCGUGCUGUCGGUGUUUUUUCCAAGUUUGCAACCGGGAAAUAUCACCUAUUAUCAGGUCACGCCAGUCGCAGCUUCUCAAUGUCGUCAACAUUAGCAGCUCGAACACACGUCAGCUACGAGCUCAAGGAUGAUGUGGCAGUUGUACGACUUCAUGAUCCAACAGCCAAGGUGAACACACUAUCGGCGCAGAUGCAGUCUGAUCUGAAAGAGGUGAUGGGGGAGAUCUGGUCGAACAAAUCUGUGAAAAGCGCUGUCUUCAUCUCCAGCAAGCCUGGCUGCUUCAUCGCCGGAGCAGAUAUCAAUAUGAUCCAGUCCUGUCAGAGCAGCGAGGAGGCCGCACGCCUCUCUCAAGAAGGUCAGAAGAUGUUUGAGCAGAUUGAGAAGUCACCCAUUCCUAUCGUUGCUGCCAUCCACGGCUCCUGCCUCGGCGGAGGCCUGGAGUUCGCGAUAGCCUGCCAGUACAGAAUCGCCACAAGAUCCAAAAAGACGGUCCUAGGGACGCCAGAGGUCAUGCUGGGACUUUUACCUGGAGCGGGUGGCACUCAGAGACUUCCUAAAAUGGUGGGUCUCCCUGAUGCGUUUGACAUGAUGCUGACAGGCAGGAGAAUCAGGGCUGAUAAAGCCAAGAAGAUGGGCUUAGUGAACCAGCUUGUGGACCCUCUGGGUCCUGGAUUAAAGCCUGCGGAGGAGAGGACCAUUGAGUACCUGGAGGAGAUUGCAGUGGGCGUGGCAAAGGGUAUCAGCAACAAGAAGGUUCCCCUCACAAAAGAGAAGAGCCUCAAGGAGAAGCUGCAGGACAAACUGAUGGACCUGGCUCCAGUAAGGAAGAAGAUCUUCAAGACGGUCAGUGAGAAGGCCCAAAAUCAGAGCAGAGGCUUCUACCCGGCUCCGGCCAAAAUCAUUGAGUGUGUCCAGACUGGGCUUGAGCAGGGCCGAGAAGCAGGUUACCUAGCUGAAUCAGAGAACUUCGGGAAGCUGGCAAUGUCACCAGAGUCCAAGUCUCUGAUUGGGGUUUAUCAUGGCCAGAUGGCUUGUAGGAAGAACCACUUUGGGGUCCCAGAGAAGGAAGUAAAGAAGCUUGGGAUCUUGGGUGCAGGGCUGAUGGGAACGGGUGUAGCCCAGGUAUCAAUAGAUAAAGGCCUGACCACCAUCCUGAAGGACACCAAUGUGGAGAGCAUCAGCAGGGGGCAGGAACAUAUAUACACAAGUCUGGACAAAAAGGUAAAGAGGAAAUUCAUGACCUCUUUCGAGCGGGAUGUCAUAAUGUCCAAUCUCUCCGUCCAACUUGACUACUCUGGCUUCGAGUCUGCUGACAUGGUGAUAGAGGCCGUCGUUGAGGACAUGGACAUUAAACAUCAAGUUCUCAAGGAAGUGGAGGCAGUAAUCCCCCCUCACUGCAUUUUUGCCACCAACACCUCAGCUCUGCCCGUCACAGAAAUCGCAGCUGCCAGCAAACGCCCUGAGAAGGUGAUUGGCAUGCACUACUUUUCCCCGGUGGAUAAGAUGCAGUUGCUGGAGCUUGUCACCACUGAUAAGACAUCUCAAGACACCAUAGCCUCUGCUUUCAGUCUUGGAGUGAAACAGGGCAAGACUGUCAUUGUGGUCAAGGAUUGUCCAGGGUUUUACACCACUCGCGUGUGUUUUCAUCUGACCUUUGAGACUCUAAGACUAUUACAGGAAGGUGUCUCAUUAGAGGAACAUACAGCCAUAGGACACAGUGUUGGUUUAUCCCUGAGCAUCCCAACGAUUUGUGAUGAAGUUGGUUUGGACGUGAUACUACACAUAUCAGAGUUCUUGUUUAACGCCUAUGGUUCUCGUUAUGGAGAAUCAGACACGCGCCUCUUAGAGACACUUCUGGAGAGAGGAUUCAAAGGUCGUAAAUCUGGAAAAGGCUUCUUUCUCUAUGAAAAAGGAAAGAACUACAAAAGUGUGAACACCGAAGCUGUAGAAAUCAUCAAGAAAUGUCCCCUGACAUAUCAUCCUUCAAUUUCUUCAGCUUGGGACAUAGAGCACCGGUUGAUAAGCCGCAUAGUGAAUGAGGCCUUUGUGUGUCUCCAGGAGGGAGUCCUGAGAAACCCAGUAGAGGGAGACAUUGGAGCUAUAUUUGGAUUUGGAUACCCCCCAAGCAUUGGCGGUCCGUUCAGGUUUGUGGACACGUUUGGCGCAGAGCGUCUCGUGAGCAUCAUGAGACGAUACGAGGAGGUUUAUGGAGCUCCCUUCACACCCUGCCAGCUUUUACUGGACCACGCCAAAGACCCCAGCAAGAAGUUUUACAAAUGAUCCAGUUAUGGGGACUAUGUAACUUGUACAACAGAGAGAGGCAAAGCCCCUCCCCCCUCCCUUGGGACACUGUGGGGUGGUGGAACACAACAAAAAGUGACUUCAUCUUUUGUCUCACAAUUUAGCUCAACACAUGUCGGAAAGUUUCACUUUGGAAAGCAGAUGUUCCUCUUGAAUAAUUCCUGUUUAUCCUUUUGUAACCGGACAAUUCCAACAUUUGUUUUAUCAUGUUUAAAAAGAAAAA